AUAUAUAUAUAGAUACAAUACAUACUCAUAUUUUUAUUUCAUUAACAAAAGUAUAUAUUUAUAUAUUUUUAUUUACACUAAAAGAAAUAAAAAAACCACUAUGGGAAAUUGCUUAUUUGGAGGGUUAGGAGACUCAGACGGAGUAAUCAAAGUCACCACCUCAAACGGCGGCGUUAUGGAGUUUUUUGCCCCAAUAACGGCCGGAAACAUUGCCGGAGAGUUUCCCGGUCACGGCAUAUUCCGAAGCCAUGAUCUCUUCUGGAAGCCUCUUUCCCACGACGAAGACCUGAUCGCCGGAGACUCCUACUACUUACUCCCACUCACCGGCGCCGGCGCCGGUGCCGGAGAUAUAGUCAGAGAAGGACACGUGAGAUCGAACAGCAUUCCGGCGACUUCUUCCACUGUGGUUCCGUACAGAAUGUCGUUUGACUAUCAAGGAAUGCUUAAGAGGUCGUACACAGAAAUUUUCUCGACGAGAUCAUGUCCGGCGACUUAUUACGGCGGAGCCGGCGCCGGCACCGGCGCCGGGUGGUUUUGGAAAGUGAAGCUGGUCAUCUCACCGGAGCAGCUCUUGGAGAUUCUUUCACAGGAGGGAAAGACACAGGAGUUGAUAGAGAGCGUUAGAACUGUCGCUAAAUGUGGCGGCGGUGGUGGUGGGGAGGCGGCCGCCGUGUCGGCUGUUGGGUUUUCCGAUGAGUAUUGGAGCCUUUCUAGGAGUAGUAGUAGGAACGGUGGUUAUUCUUCCUCUAAAGUAGAUUCCCAUGGUAGGUUAAUUAGUUAUAGAUCAUAUUAAUUAAUAACUUAAUUAAUUAAGGUAAUUAAGUGUGAUUAGUGCUAUGUAAUAAUUUUUGAUAUAUAAUUAAUUAUAAUUAUUAUAUAGUAUUACA